GUGUGAGCCGGAAGCUGCGUGCCGUUAGCUUUUAGCUCCUGUAGCUCCGCAGUCGGUGUCCGAGCUGCGGGACGAUGCUGGUGGACUGACCGCCGGACCGAAGCGGACCUACUGGGGUUAAACAUCAGACCGGACCCCUCUGGAAGGAGGUCUGGCGUUUACAGAACCAGACGAGAUCAAUAACGAGAACCAUGGUGACCAAGAAAAUCCGGACGGAGUACAUGAAGAAGUUCAGGGAUCCCAAAUGGGAGACGUUCUCCAAAUGCUACGAGGACUCUCUGAAGUAUCGUCUGACCCGGCGGGUGAUGGAGCAUUCCCACAAGCCCUGGUUCUGGGAGGGUUGGGACAGCGUCUCGGACUCCAGCGGCUGGUCCACGCCGAGGCCGUCCAGGAACAAAAUCGCCCCUCUGUCCCUCCCGGCGCCGCCGCCGCCACCGCUGCCCACCUCGGAGGGGAAGCAGAGGCUGUCCAGCCCCGGGCCGAAACCGCCGCCGGAGGAUGGAGAGACCGGGGUGGGAGCCGGUGAGGCGGCGGCCCGAGACGCUGCACCGGCUGCAGUUGUAGAAAACGGCGUGAAUGAAGCCAGCGGUGGUUCGAUGGCGGCGGCUCCAAACGGCAGCGGACCCUCAGACAACACGGCGACAGACAACGGUCCCGCUGACACGUCGUCUUCUGACGGGGAGCCGGUGAACCCGGUGCCCAAGCGGCGCCACCGCCGCCGCACCCCUCGGUCCGAGCCGGGGAACCGCGACAGUUCCCACGACGACAAACCGGCUGUCGUCCGCAAACCGCCGAGAGCGAAGAGCCAACCGCCGAUCAGCACCAAGGAGAACCGGCGGCCGUCCAGCCGACUGGACUGGACCGAGAGACAGACGGAGGUCAGGAGGACGCAGAAUGACAGCAACACGUCGGACGCCUGCGUUCAGACCCGGCGGGAGUCCGACAAGCGGAGCUCCAACCUGGACCGCCGGCGGGCUCGGUCCGCCGACCUGGAGAAGAUGAGGCCGCAGCUGGCGGUGGUGGACGACCGCUGGAUGACGGAGUACAUGCGCUGCUUCUCCGCCCGGCUGAGGUAGAGACCGGGGAUCCAGCAACCCCCCCCCUCCGAGAGAAACCCCUGAAACCGUUACGGGAGAGCCGAUAACCAGACGGUGGAACGAGGGGGUCCGUGGUUCGGCUGAGAGGCGACCUGAGAGCCGUUGUCUCGUUAAUUCAUCAAAGCAGAAACAUAAAGUGGGCAGAGCUUUAAUUUAACAGAAACAAUCACAUUUAAUCUCUUUUAUUUGGUCUGAAUGACUCUAAAAACUACAUUUCCCAUAAGCCUCAGCGGGUUUUUUUUAUGGAAAAGGGACCAGCUUACUCAGAAAUACAAAAUAAGUUUAUUUCGACAAAUAUUUAAACAUCUGACAGAGAUUUAUCAGCCAAUAUUUUUAUUUUGAUCACCGACAUUUUCUUUUUUAAAUGGCGACCUGUUGUAACCCCGCCCACUUCACGUGGCGUCCUUUUAUCAUGACGAAGUAACGAGACGACGGGUUUUCUUGUCGCUUCAGUGACCUUUCUUAGAGUGAAUCGCUGCUGUGGAGGAAAUAAAAACACACUCUUGUUGAUUUAUAAUUCAUCCUGAUAUUAUUUUUAAACUUCUCUUAACCUCAUAAAAUGCAUCCAGAUGAGGUUCAGACUUUAAUAUGAGACUGUUAACAUUUAAAAGAAGUGUGUUUCUCACCCGACAGCAGCGAUACAACGAUCAGUUCCAGAUGUGACGGACUGAAGUAUCUUUCUGUUUCUGUUGUUUGAUAAUUAUGACGGAGUAUUAGGGCCAGACUAAGAAAAAAAAUAUAUUUUUUGGGGGAAAUUACGAGAAUAAUGUCGUAAUGUUACAAGAAUAAAGUUGUAAUAAUAGGAGAAUAAUGUAAUAAUACAAGAAAAAAAAUUGUUUUAAUGAGAAAAAAGCAUCUCGCAAUAUUACGACUUUAUUCUCAUAACGUUACGACUUUCGUCUCGCAAUAUUCCGACUAUAUUUUUGUAAUACUACGACUUUUUUCUCGCAAUAUUACGACUUCAUUCUCGCAAUAUUAUCGUAAUGUCACGACUUUAUUCUCGUAAUGUUACGCCUUUAUUCUCGCAAUAUUACGACUUUUUUCUCGCAAUAUUACGACUUCAUUCUCGCAAUAUUAUCGUAAUGUCACGACUUUAUUCUCGUAAUGUUACGCCUUUAUUCUCGCAAUGUUACGACUUUAUUAUCGUAAUGUCACGACUUUAUUCUCGCAAUGUUACGACUUUAUUCUCGUAAUAUUCCGACUUUAUUCUCGUAAUGUUACGACUUUAUUCUCGCAAUGUUACGACUUUAUUCUCGUUAUUUCCCCAAUAAAUACAUUUUUUUUUCUCUUAGUGUGGCCCUAGCACUCCGUCGAAGAUAAUGAACAAACUUUCAGAGAGAAUUAAAAACUCUUCUUUUUUUUUUUUUGGUAAAAACAUCCAGAUCACAGUUUGAAUGUAUUUUAGUUUCUUUAUUUUAAUCUUUAACACACAUUUAAGUUCAGUUCUCUUUCUCAAAGGCAGCUGUGUGUUUAUAACUUUUGAAUCAGAGGCAGCAGGAAACAACAAAAGGACCAAACUGGAGUAUUUUUGAUAUCUGAGUGCUUUGGAUCUACAGAUUUGACUUUUUAGAUGAGAGUAAACUACAUUAGAAACACAAGAUUUAUCAAAUAAAAUUAGAAUUUAAGAUAUUUUCAGAGUACAAAUCUAUAUUUAAGCUGUGCUACCUUUAUAAUAAUGUCAGAUUUAAGUUUGUUUUUGCACUUCGAGAUGCAGCUUCUGCUUUAUAUUGAUCUUAAUCCCAAAUAAUCUGCAUACAUUAAACAUAUAUUCCUUUAAUUCACCUGUAGCACCAACAAAUACAAAACUUAACUUCUCUUUAACUUCUGAUUAAGCUUAAAUACGUUUUAAAUUAUAACUUUGUGCAGCACUGUAAUAUUGUUUAAUUAAUGUUGAUUAAAACAGCCGAAGCUUCGUUGUUUUUAAUCAGAAAUCUUGAAAUCCUGCAGUUUUCUUUAUCGGGAGGCGAAUAAAUAAACACAUUAAUAAGCUUUUCUGAAACAAACGUUCAGGGGAAAGAGCAGAGGGACCAUUUAAAGCAUAAAAUGUGACAUAAGUGCAGCGGUUCUUAAAGGACCACUGAUAUCUCGGCAUUUUGUUAAUUUCUGAGAAGGAAACUGAAUGAAAUUGUUUGCUUAGACUGUUAAAAACAUAAAAAUACACAAUACAGACAGAGAAUAUCAGGAAAAACUCAUCUCCGAUCAAUAUUCACUGGAAAUAAUCAAUCAAAAUUCAUCCAAAAUCGCUCGUUUUACACAAACUUCCUGUUAUCGUGUUCACUGUUUGGGUUCAUUGUGCAGUUAAUCAGAUAUAUUAUAUAAAAUAUCCAUGAAAUAUGAUAGAAAACACAACAAUGAUUAUACUCUAAUGAAAACACACCUGUUAAUAUUAUAUUCUGCCUAUAAAUCCUCCUGAAGGUUGCACACUGGAGCUUUUUAAAGACGUCAUGAACUCACUAAAUUGAUCACAAAACAGGAUUUUAGGUGUUUUAAUGACGUUUUAUUUCACAAAUUUAGUAUUUCGGUGGUUUCGUUUCCAGUUCUAAUAAACAAAAAUAUAAUUUGUGUAGAAAUGAAUGUGCUGGGUGUAAAACAGUGAAAAAAUGAAUGAGUAUUUAAUUGGCUUGAAGUUGAGCCGUAUCAAUAAUUUACUCCAAAAUAAAAGAACUUGUGAGUUAUAUUGAUCUGUAAAAUAAACAUUUAUCACAUUUUUCAGCUUAAAACCCUGAAAUUAGUUUCAGUUUGUUGUUUAUAUAUUUAAAAAAAAAUUAAAAGUCUUUUUUGUCGUAAUUAAAGAUUGUAAACACACGGCGAUGUCAUCGUCGCGUCCCGUGACACUGACACCGAGGGCUAACGUUCACGAUAAACUUUAAAAACUGAUUGUUUUUUUUAACACCGGCUGAACCUCGUCACUCUGAAUGUGCACAACUAUUUAUUUAUUUCUCACUAUUUUAGAUGUUUCAUCAUUUCGCCUCCAAAAUUCAGCCUCGUUAUCGUCUUUCAGCUGAGAUUUAGAGUUUGAACGACGUUUGGGGUUAAAAGGAGGCUGCGAUGGGUAUAUGAGAGCAUUUGAAUUAUAUUUUAAAGAGAUUUCUGCGUUUAGAAAUAACCGUGAGACCUCAUCUUUCAAACAACCUCGCAAAACUUAUAUCGUAUUGUAACGUGAUAAUAAGAAGACUUUGAGAAAAUGUCUCAGGUAGAAAGAAGCUGACGUUGUGCAGAUGAAACUGUGCUGAAGUUGAAGUGGUUUGAAUGGUUUCUCUGUUUGUGGUGUUUAGAUUUAUUUCUCAGAACAUUCAGACAAUCACAGGAAAGUAUUUGAUCUGUUGUCGAGCAGAAAAUCUCGUAUUUAAGCUAAAAAAAACCAACUAAAAUAAAUAAGCUAUUUUACGUAAGCGGCGCUGGAGAAAGUGACUUUUAUCUGCUUGCUGUUUUAUCUGAAGAUAUGAAAUGUGAAUCAUACGUUUGAAUAUUUAAUCAUUUUCAACCUCGUUUACAUUUGUUUUUGAGUCUUUGUAUUUGAAAACGUGCACAAGUCUAUAUUUUCAUCCACUUUGCUGUGAAUAAAUAAAUAUUUGAAUAUUUA